UAUUUUCUGCUCUAAUCUCCUUGUGCGUAACAGUAUUUCCCUUUUGCUUUAGGUCUCUUCAAAUUAUGGCUGGUGUUGUGGCUAUGGCAUCUGUCAUUGAGGACUUUGACACACAGCCUUGCAAGAAAUCUCGCAAAGAUGGCGGCAAGACGAUCACAAACUACUUCUCUCCUGUGCCCAAACCUGAGGAGAAACCCUUUUCACCUCCGCGCUCCAACAACAUCAUGGACUACUUUAGCCGUAAAGCUCCGUCCUCUAAAGAAAAGACCAGCUCACCUGAACUGUCGAAAGAGAACUGUCAGACUUCUCAAAAUGCAGAAAAACACACCAGCCCUGAGGCAGCAGUGAAAAAGCCAUCACAGAAACGGAGUAGAAAGGCCAGCAAAGUUGCAAGAAAACUUGUGGAGGCUGAGACCAUUAGUUUGACAGAGGAACCAAGCUGCCUGAUUGUAGAAGAACAACAUGAGAGCAGACACUCUGCAUCAGAAGCCGUCAGCAUCUGUGGUGUGCUUGGCAGUGAUACAGCAGCCCUGAUCGCCCAGCUGAGUGCUGAGGCCGGUAUCUCUGGGGGGGAAUCGGAGAGUAAUACCACUAAGACUGUCAAUGUUGAGCAGGCUGGAGAAGAUGGUUCAAAAUGUGGAAACGGUGUCAAAUUUAAUCUGGAACUGAAUGGUAUUGAAUCAUCUCCAAUUGUACCGUCAAAAGAUAAAGCAAAACAAGUCAAAACUUUGGCACGGAAUAGCAGGAAGGCAAAGCAUUCAGAAUCGGAGGAGAACGAGAGCUCCUUGUGUGAUGUUAGUAUGGAGGUCAAUCUGGAUGAGGCCUCUCAGCUGGACAACAGCACUGUCACGGUCUCCUUUGAGGAGUUUGUGCGGAGCCAAGACAAGCGGAGGGGUGCAGACGACCUAGAAGAUGCAAGUAAAAUCACAACUGAGGCACAAAGAAUAGACUCUGACCAGAUGGAGAUCCUUAAAGCAGAAGAAAUUGUUCUUUCAGGGGUGUCACCUUUCCGUGUCUCGCCCCGAACUGUCACCAUCCAGGCAGAGGUGCAUGCAGUCUCAUAUAAACAGAAGGCCAAGGCAGGAGGAAAGUUAGCCACAAUCUUCAACAGGAGAAAAGGUCCGAUGAGCCCUGCAGAGGUUGUAUCGUCUCCUCAAACAGAGGCCGGACACCAACUUCCCUCUGCCUCUUUGACGGUCAAGCGUACAUCUAACGUGGUUCUUCAAGAGGAGGACUUGGAGCUGGCUGUGCUCGAGAGUGAGUCCACACCAAGGUGCAGCGAGACGGUGAAGAAGCAGUUCAUGGCUGCCUUCAAACAGCCUGCCCUGGAUGGGUCCAAAAUCAAGCCUGGGAAGAGCCAGGGCAAGCAGAAGCAAGCUGGAGAGAAAGCUGCGGAUGAUGCAGACAAAGUCGCUGAAGAAGUAACUCCAGCCUCUGCUGAGCAAGUCUCCGCUGCCGUGCAGGAAAACAACGCCGCCAAAAAGAAACCACCAAGAAAAGGCAGAAAGAAAGCUAAUGAAGAAAAGGAGCCAGUCGCCCCUCCACCUGCCGCUGAAGAAACAGCGGCCGCAGUUGUUGAGCUUAAUGACGAGCCUCCCAUCGCUUCAACUCCCUCCGUCCCAGCGGUGAGGAGAUCCAGGAGAGACGCUGCAAUAAGGCACGCUCCCGAAGCCCCCCCAUCAUCCCCUAUCAGGAAAACCAGGAAACGAAACGAGUCAAAGGACGCUGCUGCUGUUCCACUUGCUGACAGCCCUGCAAACAUUCCCACCUCAAAGACUCGCAAGUCCAAACAUGGAGUCUACUUAGCGGAGGUUGUCUGCCCACCUGACACCAAAGGAAGUCCAAUCAGGAUUAAAUUCACCAGAGUCCAUAAAAACAUUCCCAAGACCAAGGGUGACGGUGACAGGAGCCUAAACACGUAUUUAGCUUCUAAACCGUCGAAUGAAUCUAAAACAAGGAAGCAGGCCAAGAAGUUGGUGGAAAAAGCCAAAGUGAUUCAGCAGAGCAAAAAAACUGCCGUCAAGGAGAAGGGCACCUUAAGGCUUUCGUCUCGGACCGAGACCUCCGACAAGAAGAGCUACUGGGAAGAGGAGACCUCUGUUAUCUGCCUGGAGAACAAACAGACUGCCGCUCCUCAGACUGCAAAAGAAAAGAGCAAAACUAAAAAGAACUUACGCAGCCUAAAUGAAGUCCUGGGGAAAGCUACCGCUGCCAAGGCUGGCCCAGGCUCCAAAGGGGCCGCGCUGGGCCAAGAGAAGAAGGGGCCCGCAGUGAUUUCCAUCUUUGAUGAGAGCGGCUCUGAAAACUCUCUGGACGGCGAGCAGUUCAAGGCGCGCAGAGAUUUCCUGAAGAGCGGCCUGCCCGAUUCCUUCAGGAAACAGAUCGCCAAGACAACUGCAACCCAAGAGGCCUACUCGCUCUCCUGUUCCUCCUUUCACACGGUGGUUCACAUCGAGCAACCACAAGACUGCCCUCUUUGGAGUUUGCCGUGGCCCAAGUCUUCGUUACUGUGUCACCUGAAAGAGCUUUGCUGCCAAACCUCAAACCCCGCUCCCUCUGUAAGCGGCUCCCUCUGUGUGGGGACAGAGCCAGACCGUACAGCCUUUUGUCAGCGGGGUUCUGGCUGGAGGCCUGAGAUCUCUGAAAGUGUUCGCCGGCUUCUAACGGAGGGGAUCAGCACCGCUAACCCUUCCUUCGCUGUUGAGAUGUUCAUCACUCGCUUCCUAAAGCGACGCGCCGAGCACCAGCAGCAGAGCACGGCCUCAGAAUCUGAAGCUGAAACCAGAGUCCCAAGCACCACACGUCCCGCUGAACCAGUAGGAGGGAAGAGGAAGAGGAGGGACGAUGGGGGGGAAACGACCGCAAAGCUGGCUAAGAAGCAGCGAGCCAACCGUGAAAACAUUUCCGAGCCAGCGAAAAGAGGAGGGCGCACGAGACGGGCUCAGAGAUCGAGGACAGAGGACGGGGCGGAUGAGGACGCAAAGCCUUCGGCCCAACCUGCUGCUGCCACGUCUGAGGAUGACUCUGUGAUUGAGAUCACUGACUCGCCUUUGGGAGAGAGUGCUGGAAAAAAAGGUGUGGUGAAAGAGGACGUGCUCUGGACGGACAAAUAUCAGCCGCAGCACUCCAGUGACAUCAUCGGCAACACCGCCUCGGUGAGGAGGCUGCACAGCUGGCUGAAGGAGUGGAAACUUCGUGCAGACCGAGAAGAGAGAAAAUAUCAGAAGGAGAAGAAACGGGAGGAAAGCGGAAAUGACUCGGACUGGGACUGCGGAGAGGAGGACUCUCAGAACGGAGAGGACACGCUGUGUAACACGAUGAUCAUCACAGGACCCACUGGAGUAGGGAAGACGGCUGCAGUCUAUGCCUGUGCUCAGGAGCUGGGCUUCAAGGUGUUCGAGGUGAACGCUUCAUCGCAGCGGAGUGGCCGUCUGAUUCUGUCCCAGCUGAGGGAAGCCACUCAGUCUCACCAGGUGGACAGUCAGGGGGUCAACGCACACAAACCCACCUACUUCAACAGCUACAGCACAAGCAGCAGCGCUGGCUCUCUCAAGCCUGGAUCCUCGCCCAGAAAGUUGAACUCUGCUCGCAUGGUGGUUUCCUCUCCCAGGAAACCUCCCCAGUCCCCAAGAGGUGCUCGGAAAGGAAACCUGGCUCCAACGUCUUUAGCCAACUUCUUCAAAAUGGGUCGACUCACCAGCGCGGAGACGCCAAACACCAAGAAGACUGAACUCACGGCUGCUUCCAAGAAAGCCGUCAAAGCAAACGAUUGUGCCAAUAAGCCCAAAGACCCUGCAGUGGAUUUCCCUGCGGCUUGCACCCCUAAAGAGAAGACCAGUGAAGAACAGAGCAAGAAGACGGCCACCUCGCUGAUCCUGUUUGAAGAAGUGGAUGUUAUUUUCGAUGAUGACUCAGGGUUUCUAGCUGCCAUCAAGACUUUUAUGAUGACGACAAAGCGGCCGGUAAUCCUCACCACCAGCGAUCCUGCUUUCAGCACCAUGUUCGAUGGCAACUUUGAAGAGAUCCUUUUCAAAACCCCCUCAAUGUUGGAUGUAAGCAGCUUCCUGCAGCUGCUGUGUCUGACGGAGGACGUGAGGACAGACACACUGGACCUCAGCGCUCUGCUCAGACUCAACGGAUGCGACAUCAGACAGAGUUUACUGCAGCUGCAGUUCUGGACGCGCAGCUCAGGAGGCCGCCACGUGACCCGGCCAUUGACACACACUGGCAAGAAUGCUGAGCUAAAGCCAGAGGCUGAUGAAGAGGCAGCAGGCGUGACUCUCCCUCCCUGUGAAAGCGGCUGCACAGAGAGCAUGCUGGGUCUUCUGAAUGUGGAGCCUGAGAGAGACAUGUGGGAGCUGCUCAGGAGUCCGGCUGAGGAGACGUCGUGCUGGGAGCUUCUGACUAACUGCAAGCAUCGAGGAGUGGACCUGCUCUAUUCCAACAUGGAGAUGCUCUUACCCUUACCGCGCACACCGUUUACUACCUCCACUUACAAACUGGAGCGAUCUGUUUCUGCAGCACAAGACCUUCCUGUCCCUCCUGCAGAGCUGCCACUACACACCAGGUCACUGCACACCUCAGAGUCUGCAGACUGCUCAGAAGACAGCAGUCCUGUCAAAGUGUCCAACAGAAUGAAGAAGAACAAGAAGCGGCACUGCCUACCUAACAGGGAUGGACUGAACUCCGACUCAGGGUCAGAAGACGAUUUUCUCUCUCUCUGCAAGCCGCAGGGCGCUCCUCAAUCGAAAGAGGAAGUCAAGGUUUCACAGAAGGUGAAGAGGAAGCCUCUGACUCCUGAUGAGCGGAUAAAAAGUCUCCCUGUCUCGCAGUGUCUAGACUCACUAGCUGACUUUUUCGACAACAUGUCGUACAUGGACUCCUUGCUUGCUGGGGGGGACAAUCUCAGAUAUGUGUCCCUGCUGGGUGCGGUGUUGAAAGACGGCAUGACAGAUGAGUCGAAGCUGGAGUCUGACAGGGACAGCUGGAUGAGAGGAGAGCACGUCAUGCAGAUCCCGGCGGCUGUGGAGGCUCUGAGCUUCAGCAGGUGCCGGGCUUCAGCAGCGGAGGCCUGGAGGAAAGCCCAACAACUGCAGGGGGAGCUGGGAGCGCAGGCGGCCGCAGAGCUCAGCCUGCCUGUAGCCGCUCAUUGUGAGGCUUACAGCUUCACCCAGGACGGCCCCUGUAAACCUCAGCUGGUCCAGCAGAGGAGGGACAUGAUGGACAGUCUGAUGUUCAGAGGUGUGUCUGGUGCUCUGGGAAACAGACCAGCCGCUGCUCUGGAUUAUUUACCAGCCCUCCGCACCAUCUGCAGAUCAGAGCAGCUGAAGGAGCAGGGCAAGGUUAAACGAAGGUUUCUGCACUACCUGGAUCUAAACCACCUGGGUCUUGAGAAGAGCACUCUGCAGCUCCUGGCCGAAGACUUCCCCUGAGCCACUGAGGGGAAAGCUCCAUAUGAUUUGGUUAUAUAAUUCUGACCUGGUGAGAGGUGUGUGUGCACGAAGGAUGCCGGGUGAGGUUUCCACACACUUUCUUCUAAGAUGGAAAUGACUGAAUCACUGAAUACAGAACCUGCAUUCUCACCUGAUGGGCGCACAGCUGAAUCACCUCAAAUGUUUUCACAUCUUUAGAAUGCACUAAGGAUUUCUACUUUAUAUAAUGUUUGUAAUAUUGGUGCUGGAGUGUGUUUUUGUACAGUUGUGUUUUAUACGUAGAAGCCUCAUUUAUAAUUUUCUUUUGGAAAUUGCUUUUGAGGCGCAAAUAUGUCUCAUUGAUGGUUUGUAUGAAAUUCACAUGUUAAAUAGAAGUUGUAAAGGCCGUGUAUACACGUCAUUCUCCGCACAAAGAACUGUCGAUGCACUCAGGACCUUGAUCGAAUUCACCUAAACCACCUUCACACUCAUCACAGUGACUUUGUUUUUAGCCUUAAAUAUGUAAACAGUCACAGUGGAUUUUUGUUGUGACCAAAUAAAGGUUUAUAACAACUAAAUCAAUCAA